AUGGUUCAAAUUGCCCCAACCGCCCCACGAGCUCCGCGAUAUAAGGAAAGGUCUCGCAUAUCCAACAACUUAGUAGAUCUUCGAAAUGCCACAAUGUCAUCAGAAAAAAACUAUAAGCCCACAGUAGUAAGUAAAGUAGGCGUGAUUCGUGGAGUCAAAGCAAACGAUGGGAGUUAUGACAUGUUCAUGGGAAUUCCUUUUGGGAGAGUUUUGGAGGACAACCCUUUUGGAAUAGCGGCACCAUAUCCAAAAUUUGACCACAUAUUUGAUGCCAAUGAUGACUCAGCCGCAAGUCCUCAACAAGAGGAAUACACUCACACUAUAAUUGGCUCUUUGGACUGUCUUCAUUUAAAUAUUUACGUUCCACAUUCAAAAACACCUCUAGCUGUUAUAAUUUGGAUAUUUGGGGGCCGAUACGCGAUAGGGUUUCCUGGGCGGUUCAUAUAUGGUCCAAAAUAUUUCAUGGCUAAUCAAGUUAUCCUGGUUACCAUGAACUACAGACAGGGUCCUUAUGGGUUCCUUUGUACGAACACUCCAAAAAUUCCAGGAAACCAAGGUUUGAAGGAUAUCUUACUAGGUUUGCGGUGGGUCAAAGAUAACAUUUCCGAAUUUGGUGGUGACGUCAACAAUAUUACGGUGUUUGGGGAAAGUUCUGGAGCUAUGGCGAUCGAUUUGUUUUUAACACUUGAUGAAACGCUGUUUCAUAAAGCAAUUUUGAUGAGUGGCACAGCAUUGCGACCUUUAGUUGUAAAAAAAUAUGACCACACCAUUCAGAUACGCUUGGCCGAGAGAUUAGGCUUCAAAACCAAAGAUCCAAAUGAGGCUGUGGCGUUUCUGGCUAAAAUACACCCACAUUUGGUAAUAAAAGCGUCUGAAGAACUCCGUAUAAUAUACCGUCCGUGUAUAGAAAAGAACUUUGAAGAAGUUGAGCAAUUGAUACCAAACUAUCCCAUAAGAAUGCCUUUAAAAAACCUAAAAGGUAUACCAAUUAUGGCAGGUUUUUGUGAUGCGGAAACCAUGUACCGUCACUAUUUAAAAACUCCUGACGAAUUUGGAAGUGAUAUAAUCAAAAUCUAUUUGGACACCAUUUUCGAUUUGGACAACCAUAGAUGGGCGAAGGAUAUCGUUCGUCAAUUUUAUUUGGGAGAUGAAGAAUUCAGUAGAGAAAUGUUAUGGGAAAUUAUAGAUUUUGAUUCAGAUAUUAGCUUUAUACAUCCGAUGCAGAGAAGAAUUAAGCAAUUUAUAGAAAAUGGUGCAAAAGUUUAUCAAUACUUGUUUAAAUAUUGUGGAGAUAGGAAUUUUGUUAAAAAAAGAGCUCGGAUAACCGAGGGUGGGGCGUGUCACGCUGAUGAAAUAGCCUAUUUGUUUGAUAUAUCCUAUGAAGAAACACCAUCAAAAACAGACCAGCUUGUUAUAGAUCGAAUGACGGCCAUGUGGGCUAACUUUGCUAAGUAUGGAGACCCAACACCAGUCGUCUCACCUCUCCUACCAUUAAAAUGGUCGCCUCUCACAGCUGACCACGCACAUUGUAUGGUGAUUGACUCUGAGUUGACCACUAUAUCCAGACCAUUUCACGAUAGAAUGGCGUUUUGGGACCUUUUCUAUAAAGUCUUCGGACAUAAAUUACGAGAUUUGGAAAAA